AUGUCAUCCCGCAUAGUACUACCAGAGUCUCAAAGAUUCUCUGCUCUGGACAGGGCAGAGGACAUGACGUUUGCCGUAGAGCUCAAGUUUUUGAUAGUUCACGGCGCAGCCGAGAUCAACAAUUCCAAGUACCGAGGGGUGCGGCCAUUUGUGGCGCACCGGCCCGUGGACCUGCGAAACUCAAUGACGGAUACCGAGGUGCAACUGCAGCGAGACGACUGGGAGGCCGUGGCGCGAGCCAUAGACGCCCUCCCUGGGGUGAACGCCACGACGAGCCACCAAGUCAAGGCGCAGAGCCUCACGCACACUGAUUACUGGAACACGCACUGGAUCGUCUACAAGGCCAACUCUGCUGUGCCUCCCUACCUGACAUAUACCCAUGACGACCCCGACCGCCCAUUGCUCGACACGAGCCACCCAGACUACGACAGAUACGUCUGGACACCGGUCGAGAUAUGCUCGCCCAUCCUGCACUGGUCGCGCAAGGAGCACGCCUUCUCCACGCUCAAGAGCAUCCUCGAGACCAUCAACCGACAGUUCAACAUCACCGCCAACGCCUCCUGCGAGACGCACGUCCACCUGGGCCGGUGCGACGCCAGGUUCUUCUCCCUGGACACCCUCAAGAGGCUGGCCAGCAUCCUGUGGCUGAGCGAGCCACUCCUCCGCAGCCUCAAGGACCCACAGUCGCCCAACUAUGACCACCACUACACCUGGAGCUACCCUUGGCGCAAGCACAGCCGCAUCGCCAUGGCCCUCCUCGAGCGGGAGCCUGUAUUGCCAUUGUCAGACGGGCGGGGCUGCGCAACCGUGCAGCCACCACCACCACCAUCGGCAGCAGCUGUCGACACCAUCUACACCAGCAAGCCCGACGACUUUGAGGUCUUUCUCGCCAAGCUCAAGGAGCCCGUCCGCCGGAACAUCUGCAGUACUCCUACAACGACGACGACAACAACAACAACAACCACUACUACUACCACUACCACCACCAUUACCAAUACCACCCCCACAUCUUCCCUGUACGAGCACCGCCCGGCGCUGCGGGCCAUCUGGCGCGCCAAGGACCACAAGGAGCUGGGCUACAUGCUCCGCGGCCGCGAGCGCAAGUUCCGGCGGCUGGGGUUCAACUUCCACGCGCUCGAGGAGGACCCCUCGGACGCGGGCCCGCGGACCAUCGAGUUCCGGUUCCUGGAAGGGUUCAUCGACAGGGACGUCGUGCCGGCGUGGGUGCGGCUGUGCGGCGAGCUGGUCGAGCUCGCCACGGGGUGCCAGGGCCCGCGCGAGUGCGAGUACUACGACGCCGUGGCCCUGCUGCUGAACAUGCCCCGGGACCUGCCCGUCGAUGCCCAGUUUGCCGCCCUCACGGGGGCGCUGGGCCGCAACAGGGUCGCCAGGACGGCCUGGGAGCCGUUGCAGGCCGUGGUCAGGAGAAACUAUCCGCCUGCGCGAGGUGCUGCUGUCGUGAGCGAGGAGGUCUGUCGGCGGUUUGGGUUCUGA